UCCCUCUCUCCUCUCCCCCCCUCUCUCCCCUCUCCCCCCUCACACGCGAGGUCCCGGGAUGAUGUUCGGGAACAGCCGGCGGGGAGGCCGCGUCCCCUCCUUCCUGGCCGUCGGCCUCCUGCUGCUGAUCGGCGUCUUGAGCUUCAACUACUGGGUCAUCUCCGCCAAACACAGCAGCCUCCAGCAGGAGCUGGCCGAGCUGCACACCCAGGUGAAGAAGACCGAGACAGCCAAAAGCCGCCUGGAAAAGAGGAACUCUGAGCUCAUGGGACAGGUGGACAGUCACAGGAGGCAGAUCGACGAGAAAGAGGAUGAGUUUCACAACCUGGGCAGCCAGCUGCAAACGAAAGACAACUUAGUGAAGAAAUGCUUAGACGAGAAGAUAAAACAUCAAAAUAAUAUAACUGAACAGCUGUCUUUGAUUCAUCGAUUGCAAGAGCAGCUUGCUGAAUUACGUCAGGCAUUCAUGAGGCAAGAAGAUCAGCUACAGGAGUACAGGAAGAACACCACAUCCCUGGAGAAGAAGCUGGAGUACGAGAGCCUGCAAUGUGGCCAACAGAUCAGUGCGCUCAAAGAGCAAUGGGAAGAGAAGUUCAGGACUUUAGGAAAACUGUACGAACAACCUCCAAAGCUUCAACUGGAUGUUGAGAAACAAAACCAGGUGGAAGAAGCUAACCCUCAGCCAGUGGACAGGCUACACGUCAAAGACAAGGUGAUCGGAGAUCUGGUGGUGCCAAAAGCUGGCGACGAUGGUGGGAACAAAGUGCUGCCUCACCUGGACAGUGAGAAGAAAAAUACUAACUUGGGGAAACCAGAUGAUGAUGAUGCCGGGAUGCCUGAGAUGGAGGAUAAUGAUCUGGGCAAAUCCAUCGACGCUUCUAUUGAUCGCAAGAAAAACGCAGUAAACUUUCAUGACGAUGAGAAUGGGAUAGUCGCGGUUAUUGGAGGCCCCGAGGACAAUCCACAGCCCGAGGCUAAGUCUGCCCACCAUUUUGAGAGGAGCCUCAGUGUGCAGCUCCCCCCAAACCAUGCUGGAUUUCAUGCCAACCAGGGGAUCAUGGGGAAAACAUCCAAGCAAAAACUGCACUUGCCAGAUUCUUUAGAGAACAGGGAGUUGGUGGAUGGGCAGAAUGAAGAGCUCCCUGUCAAAGCAGAUGAAAUUGGAGAAGCUUUGAGGCUUCAACCAGCCAGAGACCUCGAAGGGAAACGUGAGGAGCACAUGGGCAAUGGGGCAGUCGUUCAGCCGCCGCCCAAUCCAGCCCUGCGUUUCGUGCCCCCACACGGCUUGUCAAAUUCUCCAGGUCACCGGAGUAGAAUUGGCAUCAACGACAAAGCAAAUGACCAUGGAGACCAUUUUAAGCACCAGCCAGGCCAGUUCUUUGAUGAGAAUGAGUCCCCAGCUGAUCCGCAGCACGAUUCUAAAGUGGCAGAUUAUAAUGGGGAUGAUGGUAAUGUGGGUGAGUAUGAGGCAGACAAGCAGGCCGAGUUGGCUUACAAUGAGGAAGAGGAUGGUGAUGGUGGGGAAGAAGAUGUGCAAGAUGAUGAGGAGCAAGAGCUUCCAGUGGAUUUGAACAACCCUGCAGAAGGGUAUGAAAAUCGUCACUUCGUAGCAGAUGGCUUGUAACUGCUCCACGUGAUUGAGAUAAGGUUUAUUGGCCGUGGAAAGCAUCUUAUUAAUGACUGAGGCAAUAACAGAAACGUUGUACACUAUGCCAUGGCCUUUUCGUUUUACAAGUGCAUUACUUGAUCAAUUUGAGAACUUCCAGUGGUUGACGUCCAGUGAAAUAGAAGGUGAUACGACUAAUAUUUGUUUCAAAAAGAUUAUAAGUAUCUGUUUGAUUUAUAAUUGCAAAUGCUUGGUGGGGGGGGGGGAGUUUAUUUACCUCUGUACAUUAUUUUGUAUAUUUUGUACUUUUUAAGAUUUUAUGAACCAAAUUGAGUUAUUUCUUUUUGAGAAAGGGGCUUGCUACCAGCUCAUUAAUUAAUCCUUUACAGAAAAAAAGUGUAAAAUCAUCCAAAUGACUAUGUGGAUACUAGCAGGAAUCUGUAAUACAUUCAGGUCAAGUGAAGUGGCAUUUGAGAACAGCUCUGUUUAAAUUAACUGUAUACAAAUCUUACUGGUUAAAUCCUGUAGCUGCAUCUUUUUUGCCUUGUAUAACUCGUCAAUAAUAUUGCAUUUUGCUCAAGAGUGAAGUGUUAUUCUCUGAAAAUAGUACAUAUUCUCUGUGCUUUGUGGGCUCAUGCCUUGAUCUACUCUCGUGUCUUCAGUGCUCUCCCAACUGUCUAACCCACACAAGAAUAUAUGGAUCAACAAACCGGUAUGGUAAAUGAAGUUUAUCUGAAAUAUCUUGAAUAGAACCAUAGUUUGCAUAGCCCCUUUUGUUUCAUAAUCCUGUAUAGAUACAUUAAUAUAUACCACUCCUGUACAUAUGAGCACAGAUCGUAGCAAUCUGCUUACCUAUGGCUAGGUAUGGAGUGCUCAGUCGUUCACCCGCUGAAACCUCAUGAUCUCUAUCUAGCAGCAAUACCCUGGCGAUCCCGACCGUGUGUUGUAUAGGAAACCCAUUGACUGGAGAAGCGCAAUGCCGCACCGCGUUCCAGAUGGGUUAGUGAGUGUGGAUAGUGUUAAAGUGUAACUUUAACUGUAGCGACAUGCUCCGUCCGGACUUACUCUGUGCUCAGUAAAAAAAAUAAGUGGGCUCUCCCGUUGUCUGCAACGCAAAAUGAUAGUAACAAAUAUUACACUAUUAUAAUCAAAUGCUACAUGUUGAAGCUUUCUAAUAUGAUUUUCAUUCAUGCGAUAUACAGUCACUAGCUAUUCUUGUGAAACUUUCUAAAAUAGCAAAAGUUUUGAAAUUGUAAUAUCCUCUACAUAGCAGGCAGACAGGAAGUAAUAUAUUGCACUAUCACUUUUGAAAGUGAAUUUUGUAGAUUUUUUUAAGUAUACGAUGGAAAUGUAUAACCCUUUGAUUUACUGCUAAUAAUCCUUGCAUUUGAUUGUUGUUAGUAAAUUGACCCCUUAAUUUACUGUAAGUGUGGGUCAGACUGGGACAUGACAAUAUGGACAGACUUGAAGUUUAUUAUUCUCUUUAGGUGAUUUCCAUAUCUCGUUUAGAGUUAGAAAUGCUCACUAUUGGGCGUAAGAAAUGUGAUUGCAAAGUUUGUAUUUUCAAAAUGGACAUUACAUUGGGGGAGAAAUAAUAGCUUCUUCCCCUCUAAAAUAUCAAUGAAAAGUAACAAUACAAUAACACAUUGAUAGCCUGAUCAAGCAUUGCAGAUAACUUCAUAAUGCUUCUGCUUUCAUACAAGGAUGCAUUCUGCAUUGGUUACAUCCCCAGAGCACCUGUAAGCCACAAGAUCCCAGUGUGGCAUUUAGUACAUGCUGUGGAACGCAAAACCCUAAAACUGUAUUUAAGAGAGAUCAGCGAUUAUGUUACCCAGGAUUUCAUCUUUACUCUAGAGUACUAAGUACCCGGCUUCCAAGUAUCAUUCAUGCACUUUGUAUGCACAAUGGUGGGCAAAUUUCUGUAACUUUAAAGAAAUUUAGUGCAGUUCAGACAUUUUUGUACAGCCUUUUGGGGGAGGGGGAAUUUCCAGAUUAAAUGGCUAAUUGAAUUUUGUGCUUCUGAAAUGUUGCACUUGUGUUGUAGAAUUGUAUGAAGAUCCUGCAUGUUACCAUCGUUUCUGUUCCUCUGAUUUGCUUAUAAAACUUUGAAUAAAGGGUUCUUUCAUGA